UGAAAGGCUCCCCAGAGACAAAAACAGCGAACGUUUCCUCCACUAACGGCUGUUAACUUGUCUAACGAAGUUGACAAGGACUGUCAGGAGUUUUCAGCAGACGGAAGUGCUUGAGCUACGGUUAGAAAACAUGGUGUUGAAGCAGUGUCAUUCCCGACUUAAAACUGUUGUUUUAAACCACCCGGAAAAUAAAUUGUGUGAGACGUCUGCCUUAAAUCGGAACAUUGUGACACCGACCGUUUCGACCUUGACAACCGUGAACGCAUCACAUUGUUUUCAGCGUUGUACUGAAGCAUUAGAGGAGCAGCGGAGAAGGAGAGGAGCUGCUGGACCGAAGAGCUGUCAACGUUCUGCCGGGGUUCACACGUCUAUGAGGGAGCUGAGUACAUCCGUCAGAACGUUCCAAUAUGACCUGAAACCAGACAUACCCAACUGUGAUGGUAGGAGGCUGUUUUUCGACACCCACGCGGUGGUGCGGCUCCUCGAAGAAAAUGGCUUCACAACCCAACAAUCUGAGGUGAUAGUAAAGGUACUGUUGAAAAUGACCACCUCCAACAUGGAUGUCAUCUACGCUGACAUGGUGACCAAAGUGCAGCAGGAGAUAAUGCUGCAGCGCGUCAUGUCUCAGAUAGCUUCCGUAAAGAAGGACAUGAUAAUCCUUGAGAAGAGUGAAUUCUCCACUCUGCUGGCAGAGAAUGAGAAACUCAAAAUACAGCUGAUGCAGCUCAAGAUCCAACUGGCUGACGUAAUGAACAAAGUUCGCUCGGACACUAUUUUGGACAUGAAUUUGGAGAAAAGCCGUGUAAAGGAACUGAAAGCAGAGAAUGAAAAGAAGCUUCUGGAAACACGGACUGAAAUCAUGGAAAUGACGGCAGAGCAAGAUCGUCAUUUAACUCAGACCAACAUGAAAAUAGACACCGAAAUUGCUGGUUUGAAAACCAUGUUAGAGUCGCAUAAAUUGGAUACAAUAAAGUAUCUCGCAGGUUCUGUGUUCACCUGUCUCACUGUGGUCCUGGGAUUCUAUCGUAUAUGGAUGUGAACACAGUCUCAGCUCUUGUUCUUCUGGAGACAUUCCUUGUGCCGCCCGAUGUAUUAAUUCAUCAAAUGGCUCCACUGCAGCCAGAAAACCUGCACUCUGCCUGUACUAAUUGCUACAAACUAAGCCACGGGAACCGGUUCAGACUAUGACUCAACCGCUCAGUGCUAAACCUUGAAAAGGGAGUGUCUUCUCUGAAAUAUUAAGUCUAUUUCAAUCUGUCCUAUUUUUUUGCAUUUCAGUGUUCUGAAUUCCGGUUUGGCUUUUUACCUUCAUUAUCAUAAUUUGAGGUCAUUUGCACAAUUUCCUUUACUCCCACCAAAACAGAUAUGAUACAUAAGGAGAUGCUAAUUGGGUUAGCUAACGGUAUUUUGCUGCUGAAAUGCUACUAAACAAUGCAAAUUAUGAAGUAUUUUUUAACUAAUGAGAGUUAUAAUUAACUUUUUAACUUGUAUUUAUAUAUAUUUUAAUGUAUAUAUUGGAGUUGUCAUUAGACUGAAGUGAGCUCAAAGGGGAUUUAUGUAACUAUUCAACCACUGUAAUGCUUACUGUAUUAUACUUGUAUUCAUAGUCACCAUUUCCAGAACAUAAACAAAACUAUUGUUAUUUAAAUAAACUGAAAUGUAAGGACUA